CAAAAUUUUCGUUUGAUAUCUUCAUAAGUUAUCGGCCAACUCAAUUGUCCGAGAUAAGGUAAAUAGUACGGGAAGAAUCUACACAUCACAGUCGCAUUAAAAAUGGUUUUAUUAGAGAAUGAUACGUUCCUUACUGAGCUCACAAAGAUGUUCCAGAAAGCCAGGAAUUCAGGAACAGUAACUCUGACCAUGAAGAGAUAUGAUGGGAGAACAAAACCAAAGCCAAGGAAGGGAACUAUUGCUGAUCCUACAGAGUAUAAAUGUUUAGUGAGAGCUUCACUUGGAAAUAAAAAAUUAAGCACUGUAGUAAGUUUACUAUUCCUACACUUCGACCCUUUAUUUGAAUAACAGUUUUUUUUUUUACAGGGUGAGAGAAAUGUGCAGUCUGAUUGGGACUUGAACCUAGGACCCUGGGAAUACUGUGGCUCUUAAGACUGAGUUAUCACAUUUUUUUCCCCUAAAUAGAUUUUUUUAAACCAUAACCUAAUUAAACAGGUUUUGGUCAUGCAGGGAUCUAUGCAUUGUGUAACAUCAUCUUCAUCUUUGUGUAAAGCAUAUAUAUUAUAUGUAAAUGUUUAACUAUUUUAUAAGUAUCACUGUUCAACAAUAUAAGUACCAAUUCUCUGACUGAUUUUCUCAAGGUGACCAAGAUAUUUGUUGAACAUGUUUAAAAUAAAAACAAAGAUUUCUGCAUCAGUAUUUCCAAUAAUUGUGGUAUAAUAUUUUAUAAAUCUCAUCUUUAAAUGCUUUUAGAAGAUUUUUCUUCAUGAUUAUAUAUCUGAGCUUCUGAGAGUAUAUUAAAUUUAUAUACAUGUAGAUAUCUGUUUAUUUUUAGCCAAUUGAAUAAAAGGUUCUUUAUCUCCAUAAAGGGAGAGAAACAUUAAUUUCUUUGAAGUAAUCCCAAUAGAUGUCUCUAAUAAUAUCUAUAAAAAACAACAAAUAUAUAUGACAACAAUUUAAUAUUAUAAAUGGCAUUUAGUAAUGAACAUAUUUUACCAGCAUAAUGAUAUGUUAGUUGUUUAAUUAAAAUCCAUGUACACAUUACCUUUGUGUUUAGUGCUAGUGUUCAAGUCAACACAACACUUGAUAAUGGAGAUGUGAGGUGAUUAUCUAUGUUACAUGUUAGUGUUCGCAUACACACAAAAUUUAGCUUAUACGAAAGAAUGAUGAGGUUCAUGUCGCUACCUAUGUGUUGAGUGCUAAUAUUCAUGUCAGCACCACACUUUGGUUAAUAAGUAAGAGAUGAGGUGUUGUGUGCUAGUAUUCAUGUCAGCACCACACUUUGGUUAAUAAGGAAGAGAUGAGGUGUUGUGUGCUAGUAUUCAUGUCAGCACCACACUUUGGUUAAAAAGAAAGAGAUGAGGUGUUGUGUGCUAGUAUUCAUGUCAGCACCACACUAAGUCUUUGGUUAAUAAGGAAGAGAUGAGGUGUUGUGUGCUAGUAUUCAUGUCAGCACCACACAAGUUAAUAAGUGAGAGGUGAGGUAAUUACCUAUGUGUUGUAUGCUAGUAUUCAUGUCAGCACAACACUUACAUUAAUA